UUGCUUCAAUCUCGUUAUUCUCUGUCGAAGGCCCCUGCUUUCUGAAUCCGUUGUUCGACUUGUUCGAGGAGUUAACCGCACGGGAAUUGAAGACCACGAGUCUUAACGAGUGCCCGCCAUGAGCACCGACUACGCCUACGACGAGGAGGGCGUCCUCUGGCCCUUUUUCGUCUUCACCCUCGCCCUGAUUGUCACCAUCCCCCUCACAUUCCUUCUAGUCAAGCGGUCGCGAGACCCAGCAGCCUCCUUCCCGCGCAUCCAGACGAGCUUCAAGCAUGCCCACACAGACACGGUCGACUCCCUGCGUAAGCAAGAGAGGCGCAAGGAUAGGAAGAUCUGGCUCCUGUUCGCCGUCAUCGCGGGCUGGGCCGUCAUGGGCUACAUGCUCUAUCUCAUCCAAACGACCGACGCGCCGACCCACAAGAUUUGGAACCCCUAUGAGAUCCUGAACCUUCCCGAGACGGCGACCGAGAAGCAGAUCAAGAGCACCUACAAGAAGCUCUCCCUCCGCCUGCACCCCGACAAGGCGAAACCGGACCCCUCCAAGAACGAGACGAUCGAAGACCUGACCGCCCGCUACGUCGAGAUCUCCAAGGCGUACCAGGCUCUGACGGACGAGGAGAUCCGUAACAACUACAUCCAGUACGGCAACCCGGACGGCAAGCAGGGUUACAGCAUCAACAUUGCGCUGCCAAAGGUCAUCGUGUCGGACGGCAACGGCAAGUACGUCGUCCUCCUCUACUCGGCCCUCUUCGGCGUCCUGCUUCCCUACUUGGUCGGGUCCUGGUGGUACGGCACUCUCCGGCGCUCCAAGGAGGGCGUCCUGAUGGAGAGCGCCAACCGGAUCUUCCGCGAGUACAGGGACAACAUCGAUGAGGGCGGCGUCGUGACCGCGCUCAGCACCGGAAAGGAAUUCGAGGAGCUCUUCAAGGGGGACAAGGCCGAGUCGGGCCUCUCCAAGGUGGAAUCGCGCAUCUUGGCCGAAGGCGAGUUGACUCCGCUGGUUGGCGGUCUGUCCGUCAAGGACAAGGAGACGCUGGAGGAUCUCGACAACGGCCCCCGAAGGAAGACGCUAGCACUGCUCUGGGCUUACCUGGGCCGGAUCGAGCUGGAUGAUGCCGAGCUCAACAGGGCCAAGUUUGCCGUCGCCCCGAUCGCGCACUCCCUCAACAAGGCCUUCAACGCCAUCGCGCUCGCCUACAUGAACACCGGCCCGCUCCUCGCCUCUUACUACACCAGCCAGCUCCUGAUCCAGGCGCUCCCUCCCAAGUCGUCGCCCCUCCUCCAGUUGCCCUACUUCACCCCGGCCGUCGUCAGAGCUGUCGAGGGCGAUUCGCGGAUCCAUACCAGCGUUCAAGACUUCAUGGACAGGCCAGACGCGAAGCGGCGCAGUUUGGUCGUCGGCAAGGGCCUCCUGAGCGAAGAACAAUACCGGGAAGCUGUCAGCGUAGCCAAGCAGCUCCCCUUCCUGCGCGUUGCCAAGGCCUACUUCAAGGUCACGGGCGAGCGCUUCAUCGUCCCCUCCUCGCUCGUCACGCUCGUUGUGAAGGGUCGUUUUGUGCCACCCGGGAGCGAGAAGGUCCCUGACAUCGACCCCAACGAUCUGGAGGACGUCGACCCGGCCGAAGACGAUCUCGAGGCCAUCUCGGGGCGCAAGACGCAAAGACUCGUCGGCAAGGACGAGAAGACGGGCAAGCCCAUCUACGAGUCCGUCGAGGCCGAACACAUUCCCGCCCCUCUCGCCGCCGCUCCCUUCUUUGCGCGCGACCACAGCCCUCGCUGGCACGUGUUCCUGACCGACUCGAAGCAGGGGCGCGUCGCGGUCCCGCCCUUCACGUUUGCGCAGUUUGACCGCCCCAUCUUCGAGGCCGACGGCCGGACGCCCACGUUCGCCAUGCAGACGCUCAAGGCGCAGUUCCAGGCGCCGCCGCAGGCCGGUCACUACACGUUUGUCAUGCACGUCGUGUGCGACAGCUACGUCGGGUUCGACACCAAGAUGGAGGUGACGCUCAUUGUGGAGGAGGCGAGCAAGGCUGCCGCGAUGGCGGCCGAGGACGAGAUCAGUGAGCCAGAUGAGGACUCCAUCGCGGGCAUCAUGCACGCCGCAAAGGGCGGCCAGACGAAGAAGAGGCAACCAGCUAGCGACGAUGAUGAGGACUCGGACGAGGAAAGUGGAACGGACGACGACGAUGAUGAUACCAGCGUCACAAACACGGACACCGAGCCGGAGAAUUAGAAUGGGUUUGAUCUGGGGGCUUUUGGCUUGGUUUAUUCCGGUUGAUAAUUGUACA